CUGCAAAUAGAAGUGAACUGACAACUCUGGUACUUUUUGGUUCCAAAGAAGAUGAAGAUCCCCUGUUUGCUGCUGAGAUUCCCCCGUUGUUAUUUCUCCAGAAGAACUUACUUCGUGAACUUUCGCUUCACUUCCCCAGCAGAUUUCCCGAGUCUUGAGUCUCCCGGGCCAGCACAUCGCUGUCACACAAAAUGGAUUUGUUCAUCAAACACUUUGAGGAGAGAGCUGUGCCAGCAGGCAGCCCCUGAGCUGCAAGCAGAGGAGCUUUCUGACCAGGAGCAGAGACUCAUAGACAGACUUUACCAGGGGCUAAUCCAGGGCCACAGAGCCUGCCUAGCCGAAUCCAUUACACUCAUAGAAUCAACUCAGAGUAGGAAGAAGAAAGUAGCCCAGGUGCUCCUUCAGAAGGUAUUAUCCUACCACAGGGAACAAGAAAAGUUAAAUCAAGGAAAGCCACUUGCCUUUAGAGUGGGGUUGUCUGGUCCUCCUGGUGCUGGAAAGUCGACCUUCAUAGAAUGCUUUGGGAAGAUGCUUACGGAAAGAAGCCACAAAGUGGCUGUGUUGGCUGUGGACCCUUCCUCUAGUACAAGUGGUGGUUCCCUGCUGGGUGAUAAAACAAGGAUGACUGAGUUGUCAAGAGACAUGAAUGCAUACAUCAGACCAUCUCCAACCAGUGGGACACUGGGAGGUGUCACAAGGACCACAAAUGAAGCCAUUCUGCUCUGUGAAGGAGGAGGCUACGAUGUUGUUCUCGUGGAAACAGUGGGUGUGGGCCAGUCAGAAUUUGCUGUGGCUGAUAUGGUUGAUAUGUUUAUAUUACUGCUACCACCUGCGGGUGGAGAUGAAUUACAGGGCAUCAAGCGGGGCAUCAUUGAGGUGGCAGACCUGGUUGUUAUCAACAAGGCUGAUGGGGAUUUGGUUGUGCCUGCCCGGCGGAUCCAGGCUGAGUACGUCAGCGCCAUGAAGCUGCUCCGCAAGCGUUCCAAGGUUUGGAGGCCAAAGGUGAUGCGCGUCUCCGCCAAGACCGGCGAGGGCGUCUCGGAGCUGUGGGACAAGAUGGCCGAGUUCCGCGAGCUCGCGCUCGGCAGCGGCGAGCUGCUGGCCAGGCGGCGCCGGCAGCAGAAGGUGUGGAUGUGGAGCCUCAUCCAGGAGAACGUGCUGCAGCACUUCCGCUCCCACCUGGCUGUCAAGGAUAAGAUCCCGCUUCUGGAGGAAAAGGUUCUGACUGGGGUCCUGUCUCCUGGGCUGGCAGCUGACCUGCUGCUGAAGGCGUUCAAAGAUGGUCUCUAAGCGUUGUUUGUACUCUGCUCUUGAUGGGUGCUUUAUGUGAAACAUGUGAACAUUAAAUGCACUUUUUCCAUGUGUUGGU